AUGGUGGUGGGCGAGAAUAAACGUACGGCCAACAUAAUGGACGGCAUUGAGAACACUGGCGACGUCAGGCUGCACGACCAUCGGCUACGAUUGAAACAGAGAUUCGACAUAGUAAGAAAGCUAGGCCAAGGUACAUACGGGAAAGUCCAAUUAGGUAUAAACAAGAAGACUGGACAGGAAGUGGCGAUCAAGACGAUAAAGAAAUGCAAAAUCGAGACCGAAGCGGACUUGGUGCGAAUCCGACGGGAGGUGCAGAUUAUGUCAUCGGUCAGACAUCCCAAUAUUGUACACAUUUAUGAAGUAUUUGAAAAUAGUGAAAAGAUGAUUUUAGUAAUGGAAUACUGUUCGGGUGGUGAACUGUAUGAUUAUCUAAGUCAAAAGAAAGUUUUAGAAGAGGACGAAGCCAGGAGGUUAUUCCGACAGAUCGCGACCGCUGUAUACUAUUGCCAUAUACAUAAAAUCUGCCAUAGGGACUUAAAAUUAGAGAAUGUUUUACUCGACGAGACUGGUAGUGCCAAGAUCGCAGACUUCGGUCUUUCCAAUGUGUUCAAAGAGACGUCUCUGCUGGCGACAUUUUGCGGGUCUCCUUUGUACGCGUCGCCGGAAAUCGUUAAAGGCACUCCGUACAUCGGACCCGAAGUUGACUGCUGGUCCCUGGGAGUACUCUUGUACACUCUGGUGUAUGGGGCGAUGCCCUUCGAUGGCUCCAAUUUCAAGAGACUGGUUCGUCAGAUCAGCAACGGGGAUUACUACGAGCCCAAGAACCCGUCUUCUGCAUCUCCUCUGAUCCGUGACAUGCUCACUGUGGACCCUUUGAAGAGAGCGGACAUCGUUUACAUCUGUGACCAUCCGUGGGUGAACCUGGGCUGCGAAGCGUCUUGUCUGGAGAUAGCGGAGGCCUUGGCAGCCGAGACUCCGGUGCGACUCGACCUGUUGCUGUCCUUAGCACCUGCGGCUGCGUCAAACACUAAUAGCGUGGUUGUUCCAGAGCAAGCCGAGCUGGGUGGUCCAACUGAGAGUUGCACUGACCUCACCAGUUCUACUUCGAUGGCAGUGGAGCCCAGCAAUUCUGCUGAGAAACGGAUAUUGGAACUUGUUGCAGAGGGCGGCGAGGAUGCCAUAAAGCCUUCCCCGACGCGCACGAUAGUGGCGGCCGCAGACAACAAACGCAAGCUGGAGCUCGCCAUGUCCGGCACUGGCCUGCAGAGGAAGAGGGAACGGGUUGCCAGUUCUGCAAGCUUAGCCGGUGCGCCCGCGCUGCCGGAAGAGGCCUGCGUUCCCGAUGAAGACACUGCGGGGCUGCAAGAUGGUUCUAGUGGUGAAAUGCCUCAACACUCUCUGAAGUCAUCGGCCACCAUCACGAUAUCUCCCACUCUGGCCGCAGUGGAGGUGAGCAAAGCGCCCACCGAAGAGGUCAAACGUGCGCUAAACGAAGAGAUAAAAGAAGAAAAGCCUAAAGCUAAGAAAGUCCUCUCCAAAGUUGACAUACCGGAGAAGCAGAACGAAUCUAAGGAAGACGGCAAGCCAUCCGUGGCGGCCACCGCAGACAAGCUGACGUCCUUGAGCAUUUCUCAGCCGGCUCCCGCCUCCGCUCCCGUCAAACCGAAGAAGCUAUCUAUAGGAGGUCACGUGGGCAGCUUCAAGGAGCAGUUCGAGAGACGAGCGUCCCUCACCACUCCGCCGGAAGUCAAACGGACCGUCACCAAACCCGUGGUGUCGAAGAUCGCGAAGCCGAAAGCCCAGAGCGAGGACCGGGAGUUGAACAAGCCUCUGGACAACGGGACGGUGAGGCUUCAGCAGAUCGGCAUUGAGCCGUCGCCGUCGGUGCCGUUCGAAGAGCCUCAAACGCAAAUGAACCGGGGUGGAGUGAAGAAGACUGAGAGCGAACCCACUCACCACACACAAGUUGACCCUGCGGUCUUGCUUCAGGACGCCAGGAGGAGUCUCCAAAGUUCGAUGGCGAAGUUGGCAGAAGAACGGGCGGGAGAAGAGAACAGACGCCGCGCCGCAAGAGACAUUAUUUCCUCUGCCAUCAGGACGGGCAAGCCUCCCGUGCCCUACGGUAGGUCUUCGUCAGCCGGAGUGACGUCGCUGGCGUCUCCGCCGUCCACUCCCCCCGCGGCCCCGCCCUCCGCCUCUUCCAAAGUCUUCAAAACGGAGGCACACCAUCGGGUGGAGGAUCACCGCAAUAGGGGCCCGUCAGUGGAGCGCAUAAUACCGAUAAGCGUGGCGACGGAGGACAGUCCCACGUCUCCGACGUCUCCGUCCACGAACGCGCACGUUCCCACGCACAAGCCCGCGCCCAGGUCGACGCAUACGCCACUUAGACGUCUGGCGUCAACGGAAUCGACGGGCACGGGCGAGCCCAGUCCCAGCACGGGCGAGCCGAUAAAGAAGUCGGCUCGAGAGUUCAUUAUACCCAUUGCGGUGGAGGGCAAGGGGUACGUCACACCCAGACAACGCAGCCUCGAGCCCGACGCGUCGCCUUCGCCUAGGGUGCAUCCCCCCCGACUUACACCUCGGCGCAUCAGUAGCUUAGUAAGUGGCGGAGAAUCUGAAGAAGAAGAUGACACACAUAUGCAUCGAUUGAGAUCAAGCCGCUUGGCUCGAGCGGAAUCCGUGUCCUCUGGCGAAGAGGACGAGGAAGACGAGGGUUUCCAUCUCUUGACAGCUGAAAACCUCUUCUCCACGCUGUUACACCGAGUUCGCGCGUUAACUCAGCGGUUGAACGGCGAAGAGGGCCCCGGCUUCUCCCAACACCCGCACUCGCUCUUCAACAACCUGCAUUCGCCGUUCUUCAAUAGCCCGCACUUGCCGAGGAGGCAUUUCAUGCGCGAAGGCUGGGGCUCGCGAGACAUGCAGUCGCCGUUCGAGUCCAUGUUCAACAAAUCGCGUCAGACGCCGCGCGGUAGUAGUAAGAAGGGCAAAGCGCGGACCGGCGACGGCGACGACGAGCGUGAGGGCGACGCGGGACUAGAUCUCUCGGACCUCGACUUGAGCUCGAUUCGGUUCUCCGAGCGCGAGAUGCGCGCCCUGUCGGGCCUGACGCCGGCGCUGUCUCGGCGCCUGCAGCGGCAGCUCUUGCGGCAUCUGCCGCCCCAUGCCGCUCGCUCCUUGCGACGCACGCUCUCUCUCGGCGCCGACCGAUCCGAGCCGGCGGACGACCCGCGAGAGGCCACCGCCGACGACGACGCACAUUCUCGAGAACCUCCCGACACCGAAGUCGACGACGUCCCGCGAGCUUCCGCGUCCCAAUUCUACACUCUGCCGCGUUUGAGACGACGUUCUAGCGCGUCGCGCGAACCCGCGACUCCAUCUUCCCCUCUCGCCGACGAUUGUACAUACAAAAUGGCGGCUCCGCGGGACUCGAGCGGAUCGCGCCCGGAGUCCCGCGGCGCUACCGAUAGACCUCUACUGAGUAAAUAUUUAUCUGAAAGAACGACUUCUUUAGACGACACGUACGCGUCGGACGGAGGCAGUCUAGUCACCGACCCCAGUUAUAUCGCUGCGUACGGGUCGCCCGCUUGCGGUAACUCGACGGGUCCAAAUUUCAGACGACAUUCCCUGAGAUUAUCCGGCGAUCGUCCGAAAAAACGUAUUUCCAGAUUCCUCAGAUCAGAUUUCUUCGAGUCGCCCCCGGACGAAAGUGUUUACACCAAACACAAAAAAGAAAAAGAAUUGGAAACUCAAAAAAUAUUAAAAGAAAUAAGGGAGAAGAGAAGUAGAGCUUCGGACGGUGCAGCGACGACCCCCACUGAUGUGAGCGAAGGUCAGAAUUAUAUAAGCGAGGAUGUGACGCGCAAGUGCUUGUCACCUACGAGUAUUUUAGUUGGUAAAGAUCGAAGUAGAUCAACCACGCCUUUCUUUCCCAGUUUAGAUAAUAUUAAGGAAAACGCAAUUGAUUCAUCAACUUUACUGAAAACGAAAAACAUCUGCAAUGAAACACGAGACUCACAAAUCAGGAAUAAUAAUGAAAACGCGACGAACCAAGAAACGAGGAUAGUCCGACCUAAAAGUUAUCCAGCCAAAAGCAUCAAAACAUACGAGGCUAACAAAACCGACAGUGAAAGAAAAUCAAGUAAAGAAAUCGAAUCUGAGAAUAAGCAUAUUACGUCUAGGGAAUCAAAAUUAUUAAGACCUAAGAGUUACCCGAAUAAUUCGAAUAUUUUAAAUAAAACUAAUUCCAACCGCACGACUAGUAAAGACGAAUGCAAAAGUUCCACCCUAAAUGAAAACCCUUCUCCUACACCGGAAGCAAAAACUGAUGUAGAAGUUAGUUUUAACAUAACACUGCCUAGAAAAACAAAACCUACCCCGACGAGCAAUUCAUCAGAGGUUGUCACUCAAAGUGAAAAUCUUAACGCUAGAGAAGAUAAAACGAAAAUAGAUAAUGGUUCAUCAAAUCUUGUUUUGAAAAAGUAUAAAGUAGUUAAUUCCACACAGAGAGAAAUGUCUUCAGCUGUGGAUCAAAAUACAUUAAAUGAGAGUAUCGUGGACACUACAGAUGCUCUACGAAAACGAAAUUAUCCCAAUUCCAUAAAAAAUAACAUCUCAAGUAAUGGUUUUACUCGAGAUAAUAGUAUUCCUAAAGAUGAGUCAAAAGAAGAAAAGAAGAUUGUAAAAAAGAAAGUAAUUAAAAAAGUAGCUUCGAAGUCAAAGACGACUGAAUUAGGAAACGACAAGAAACCGAAUGAUAUUAAAUCUUCAAAUGAUAAGAAAAUUGUCGCUAAGAAACAUAAAGAAAAAUCACCUGAGGAUAGUAAACAAAAUAAUGUUACUAAGAAAAAGUCAGUUUUACAAUCGAUAGGUCACAAAUUAGAAAAAUUGACUUCUUCAAAAUCUAACUCACCGGAGAAAAUAUGCCAAAAUAGCUCGGUAAAGGCUAGUAAAAAAGAAACUAGUAAACUACGAAGGACACAAAGGGAACACUCCGUUCCGGUAGAACCGCCCACAGAAUCGAAUCUCAUCAAGAGAGCUGUGACUGUCACAGAUGUGGUUGCACUGGAAAACCAAAGCAGUACACAGAAUAAAACGACAGUGUCUAAAGUGUUGGGAUUAUUUAAGAAAUUUGAACCUAAAGAAAAACAGGUGAAACUUAAUUCAGAAAAUUCACGAAACAAUGUUGAUGAACAAAGCAUUUCUGCACAAAUUGAAAGUGAUAUCGAAAAACCUCAAAGACCAUCGUCCCUGUUAUUGAAUGGCGUGAGUCGUAAAAGUAAUAAAUAUAAUAAGACUAGUAGCGAUAGUUGCACCGCCCUUCCUACUGAUGAUGAUGAAAAAUUAACGAAGAAAGAGGAGACGAAGAGCAUUCGUAGCACACUAAAGUUGGACUUUUCAAAACUUCCUAGAGUGAAGAAAAUAGUUCCUACUAAUCCUGUGAUAGAACCUCAAAUAAUGGAUACGUCAAUGGACAAAGGUAAAGUUGGAAAAAGUGAAACAAAUGGUGAUUGUCUAGCGGAUGGAAUGGCCAACGCUGAAAUAAAAGAGAAAACCCUUAUCUCUCCCAGCAGUCUUUACCCUAUCCGAAGUCACGAUUCGACCACCCCAGAGAAAGAAGACGUCGGGGAUAGAAUACGCAGAAAAAGCUUUUACUCUAGAUUUAAUGAAAAGAAACAACGAAGAAAAAGUAACUUAGUCGGUCCCGGCGCCGUCGAAUACGAUCCCGUGGCUCGAAUAUACUCGCACUCGACCGAUAAAUACGACGCUUCGCCCACUUCCCCCAAUACGUAUGACAUUUCGCCCGGCUUUUCCGUUUCUUCGGACGCGUCUCCUUCGACCGACCGGUAUAGGUCCUCGCUCGCCGACCUAGCUCGAAAUAAUUUACGAUACGAUAGCCUCAACGACAAAGUAGACACGUAUAGAUCUCUGGACAGGAGUGACCUAAGAAAAUAUUCAGGAACACGAAGCUAUCUCGACUACGACCAACCGUCGUCUUACGGCCAGAAUAGAUAUUCCAGAACGAAAUCACUGUUGGAAACUUCGGACGGCUCCGACAAUCUCGGCCUCAGCCUUUUGAAGGAACCGCACAAGUAUAACAGGACGAACUCUCUCUACGCCCCCGGGAGCUACGCCACGUAUCGCCCUAAGAGAACCCAACUCAACUCUGCCAUAAUAUUGAAAGAGAGCGAAAAGGAACCGAGCCCGGAAAACAUUCUUGAAAAAAUUCGCAAUAGAAAGUACUCGAUCAGAGUGACGAGAAAGUCGGACCCGGACAAGGAUUCCACGUCGAGACCCGCUGGCUCACCUCAAGGCGAAGGCGACGGUGCAGAACGCUCUGAGAAAGGCGACUGA